AUGCGGUUGACUACUACCGCUACUAGUUCAAUUGCGUGUGUUUCUUAUUUAUUAGCGACUGUGCAAGCAGCUUCGCUUUACAAUUUAACUGGUAUUUUGAACAUUACCCAAACUGUUCAAGGUCUAGCUAAUUACUUCUCCUUCAACUAUUCAAAUGGUGAUCCUGCAGUUUACGCUCUUUCCAACGGUGCCCCAUACCCAUACCAUCCAUACGGCGCCCAACAAGCUGGUCCAGGUGGUCCACUUUUGUUACAGGAUUUCAAUUUGAUGGAUUCCAUCAGCCACUUCGACAGAGAAAGAAUUCCAGAAAGAGUUGUCCACGCCAAGGGUGGUGGUGCUCACGGUUACUUCGAAUUGACCGAUUCUCUAUCUGAUAUCGGUUUUGCAAGAAUUUUCCAAGAUCCAGGUUACACCUGUCCAAUUACUGUUAGAUUCUCUACCGUCGGUGGUGAAAGUGCAAGUCCAGACACCAUGAGAGAUCCUCGUGGUUUCUCUAUCAAGUUGAAGACUGAUGUUGGUAACGUGGACUGGGUUUUCUUGAACUCACCAGUGUUUUUCAUCAGAGAUCCAAAUAAAUUCCCACAUUUCAUCCACUCCCAAAAGAGAGACCCAAGCACCCAUUUGAACCAAUGGUUGGACUCUACUAGAACCUGGGAUUACUACGUCCACAACCCUGAAGUGUUGCACCAACUUACUUACAUGUUUGGUGACAGAGGUUGUCCAAAAUCAUGGGCUUUGAUGAACGGGUACUCCGGUCACACUUACAAGAUGAUCAACGCCCAAGGUAACCUCACUUACGUUCAAUUCCAUCUACAUUCUGAACAAGGUGUUGAGGGUUUCACUGAUGAAGAAGCUACUGAAUUGUGGGCUAAGUCCGAUUACAACACCGCUGAAUUUUAUGAAAGAUUGGCCAAUGGUAAGCCAGCUGCCUGGACUGUUUACGUGCAAACCAUGACUCCAGAACAAGCUGAAAACUUCACUUACUCAAUCAACGAUUUGACUAAGGUCUGGCCACACAAAGAAUUCCCAUUGAGAAAAUUCGGUCGUAUUGUUUUGAACCAAAACCCUGACAACUACUUCGCUGAGGUCGAACAACUUGCUGUUGCUCCAUCUCACUUGAUCCCAGGUAUUGAAGCCUCCAACGAUCCAGUCCUACAAUCAAGAUUGUACUCUUACCCAGAUACCCACAGACACAGAUUGGGUCCUAACUACCAACAAUUACCAGUCAACCGUCCACGUACUUUUGAAAAUGGAUCCGGUUGCCCAUUCUUAGCUGGUAACUUCCAGAGAGAUGGUGCUAUGGCCAUUGACAACCAAAGAGAUAGACCAAACUACUUGAGUUACUUCUCUCCAAUGAACGCUAUCGGUGGUGAUGCUUCAAACUACAGCCACGGUAUUCCACCAAUCGAACGCGCAAAAUACGCUGGUGUUGUUACUAACACUUCCGAAGCUAUGUGGGAAUCUGUUCAAGAAGAACGUUUGAAGAGAGCUCACGAAGAGAAGAUCUGGAUGAACUCUUACUACUGGGUUUCUGGUUUCGGUGAAAAGGAUGUCGAACAACCAAGAAAGCUUUACCAAAAUGUCUAUAACGAAACUCAAAAAGAGAUGUUGGUUACUGCUAUUGUUAACCACGCAAGCAAGGUUAAGGACUGUAAGACCAAGAACUGGGUCCCAACUCUAUGGGGUUUGGUUGACAAGGAAUUGGGUCAAAAGGUUGCUAACGGUCUAAAGGUUAACUACACCUACACUCCAGUUGAACAAUACGCCAAAUUAGUUGGUGAGGCAGCUGCCUACUAA